AUGGAGCACUCGCACUCGCACUCGCACGAUCACUCUCACGAUCAUGGCCACUCUCACGAUCAUGGCCAUUCGCAUGAACACGGACCCGAGCACGUGAUCAACGGAGACGAAGUGGUUCGGCGCUUCACCCAGAGCCGUGGCCGAGCGCCAACGCCUGAUGAGGAGAAGCAGCUGCGCGAACACGGGCACACGCACGAGCACAUGGAGCAUGCGGGCGUGUUCCACGAGCGCGACGCGGCCAAGUCCGGCCGGGACUGGACGCAGCGGGCCUUCACCGUGGGCAUCGGCGGCCCCGUGGGCAGUGGCAAGACGGCGCUCAUGCUGGCGCUGUGCCGUGCGCUCAAGGACAAAUUCAGCCUGGCCGCCGUGACGAACGAUAUCUUCACACGCGAGGACGGCGAGUUCCUCGUGCGCCACGACGCACUGCCCGAAGAGCGUAUACGCGCCAUUGAGACGGGCGGCUGCCCACACGCUGCAAUCCGGGAGGACAUCUCGGCCAAUCUUCAAGCGUGCGAGGACCUGACGGACGAGUUUGACGCGCAAUUGUUGCUAGUGGAGUCUGGAGGAGACAACUUGGCCGCCAACUUCAGCCGCGAGCUGGCCGACUAUAUCAUCUACGUCAUUGAUGUGGCCGGAGGGGAUAAAGUUCCCCGCAAGGGCGGCCCGGGCAUCACACAGGCGGAUCUACUGGUCAUCAACAAGAUCGAUCUGGCUCCGCACGUCGGCGCGGAUCUGGACGUCAUGGAUCGCGACGCGAAGCUCAUGCGCGGCGAGGGCCCCACUGUGUUCUCGCAGAUCAACCAGGGCAAAGGCGUCCAGGACAUCGUCGACCACGUAAUUGGGACCUGGAAGGCUGUGGUGUAG